AUGUCACCUCUCUCCAAGCAGAAACAGCUCGAACUUCGUCAUCUGCUUUUGGCGGGCAAAUCCUACUCGUCUAUUAGCAAAAGUCUUGGUAUUGCACCUCCAACUAUCUCAAAAUAUAAGAAGAAAUGGGAUUUGGAGCUUACCCAUAAGCCUGGUGGCCGUUCUACCAAGGUUUCAGAGCGUACUCGGAGUGCAGCCGUGCGCCUGGCACUUGGCAGCAAGACCUAUACUGCCAGGAGAGUAAAGCAAGCACUCGGAAUCAACAUCUGCACACAGACAGUCCGUAAUGUGCUCAAAGAGGAGGGGCUUAAGGCCUAUGUCAAGGUCAAGAAGCCCUUACUUACUCGGAGGCACAUGAAGGCUCGUCUUGAUUUUGCCUACAAGUACCGCCACUGGACUCCUGAAGACUGGGAUCGAGUUAUAUUCUCAGAUGAGACCAAAAUCAAUCGAUGUGGCUCUGAUGGGAAGAAGUGGUGUUGGAGGGAGAAGGGAUCCAAGCGACAGCAGCAUCAGCAGACGAGCACAGUCAAGCAUGGAGGAGGCCAUGUGAUGAUAUGGGGAUGCUUCAGCACGUCUGGACGAGGAAAAAUGUGCAACAUUGAUGGUAUUAUGGAUGCUGAGAAGUAUGCUCGCAUCCUUGACCAGAAUCUCCUCGCUUCAGCCCGCAGCCUUCGACUCACACGAGGAGGAUUCAUCUUCCAGCAGGACAACGACCCAAAGCACGCCUCAGCAACAGCUCGAGACUGGUUUGAAACUCAUGAAAUCAGACUUCUUGACUGGCCUUCUCAGUCCCCCGACCUCAAUCCGAUCGAAAACCUGUGGAGAGAGCUCAAAAUGAUUCUCAACGAUUAUCCCACCUGGCCGAGCAGUAUAGACGAACUAGUGAGACGAAUUGAAGUGGAAUGGGGGCGUAUAUCAAAGGAGAAAAUGGCCUACCAAAUCACUGUUCGUGUCUUCCAAACCAAUUCGGACGCGUUUUUCCGCUGCACCGAGCAGUCCGUCUAUUCUAGCGGUACUUGGACUUCCACCAGCGAUACCUAUGUCCUCAACAUGACCGGCAGCGGCACCUCUGGCUCUCUCCGCUUCGACGCUGACACUGGCGAGCGUAUCAUUGCCGUCUUUGGUGUCCACAACUACAAGCGCUGGUGCGACAUUGUGACCGCUCUCACCCCCGCCGACUCCGGAACCAAGCUCCUUCCAGAGUGGUAUGUCGAGGGCACCGACAGGGGAAAAGUCAAGUGGAGCCAGCUCGCCGAGUACAGUGUCACCAGCACGGCUCCUCGUGCCCGCAAGUAUAGCAUCAAGUAUGUCGUUGCCGACGGAAACAACCUGGUAGCCAACCUCGUCAUUGGCUGGUCAGUAUUGAUAUCCUUCGGAAUUUUCCCCCACUAA